GCACUGGCUGAGAUGUAACAUAUUCUGUGAGUAGUUCAUACAGGAAAUUAGACGGGAGAGGGAGGAAAAGGACCCUAAAUUGGAUAGUAAUCAAUGUUUUUUCAUCUUUAAAAACUACACUUAGAAUGUAGUAAUUACAGGAAAGUUUGGAAGAACAGGUCCGCAUUGGAGCAAGCGGGAUGUCGGUCCUACCACAUAUUCCGAAUGUUACAAGGGCCCACACCUUUACCUACCCCGAGCGGGCGGGCUCGCCGAGGAAGACCCCAGUUCCUCGGCAAUCUGCACGCUCUCGGUUCGUCCGUACACCCGUCAGCUCUUUGCCCAGCCGAGCCACUAGCAGCUCGGGGCCAAGGCAACCAGUGGCUAACAAAUUUCUCAGACCUAUAGAACUUUAUAAGCCUCCCGGGGGGAAAAGAAGACUGCCGCCAAGGUUUGCUGCUUUCGACUGUAUUCCUUCGGAAAUUAAAGAAACCAACUACGACAUCGACCUCGAUAAUGAUGAAGAAUAUGAUACAGAUCUAGAAGAAGAAGACAAUUCCAAAGAAGAGCAGCACGAUACUAGCGGAGAAAGCUUGUACAUAAGAGUAUGCGAACAGCUUGGUGUGCCCCCUAUCUCUUACUACGUCCGUCAUAUGGACGAGCCAGAAUUUAAAAUGCUGUACCGCAGUAUGGGACCCGAAAGCGCUCGAGCACUCUCUAUUCCCAUGCAGAAAAAUCUUAAAAUGACAAACAUAGACCUCAGUUGGAACUGGAUUGAAUCAACAGGAGCUAAAGCCUUUGCCAAAACACUGCAAGAAAAUUAUUUCAUCACUGAUAUGAACCUCUCCAAUAAUAAACUAGGAAGCGCUGGUGUGAGGCUUCUUUACGAAGCCGUCAGAGACAGCAUCUUUCUACGAAGCGUUAAUCUGUCUGGGAAUGAGAUUUGCAGCAAGGAUACGAAAUACUUGGCUGAUAUCCUUUUAACUAACACAGUACUGAUGGACUUGAAUCUGAGCCAUAACCAAAUAGAUGACGCAGGUUGUCUGACACUUGCCCCUGCAAUAGCCAUGAAUGAUAGCCUCGUUUCUUUGGACCUGAGCUGGAACCAUAUCAGAAUGAACGGAGGCGUGGCGUUAUCUCGUGCAAUUACCGAUAACAUUAGUAUUCAGUUCUUGAACCUUGCGAUGAAUGGCUUGGCAUCUAGCGGGUCCAUUGCCCUGGCCAAAGCCUUGACCGAGAAUGAUACCAUCGAGGAGCUGGACAUCAGUUGUAAUAGAAUCACCACCCCCGGGGCACUAGAGUUCGCCAAACAUGGUCUCAAGAAAAAUAAGGGACUUUGUGUUUUGAAGAUGGGCCAGAACCCAAUCACGAACCAAGGAGCUAUAGGGUUACUGAAAGCCAUCCUAGAUAACAAGGAAAUCCCAUUAAGAAGUUUCGAUCUGAAGGACCUUGUAGUUGAGAGAGAGUUCAUGGACGUUGUACAUGAAAUUAAAAAAGAACGACGCAUCUUCACGGUGAGAGUUGGUCACGUGACGCAGGGGAAACUCUUAGAGGGGGGAGAGGAACAGUUAGCAGACGACAACCCUUUAGAAGUGUUGCUUAUCUUCAUGACAGAAAAGAACCUCCGUCUUGUCGACUUAUUCAAAGCGUUUGACAAAGACCAAAGUCUGAGUUUGACGCGUGAUGAGUUUAUACAGGGAUUAUCGUCUGUGAACACCCCUCUCAGCGUGGACCAAAUGGACACCCUCAUCGACAUGCUGGACAAAGAUGGAGACGGAGAGGUGGACAUAGUAGAAAUACUGAGUGUGAACAAGGACUACAAAGACUUGAAAAUGAAAGCCAAGAAAAAAGUCGCGAAAGAACGCGACGAGCGUAAACGCAAGCGUCAGCAAAAAGAAGCAAUGAAAAACAUCGUCCGCUUCAUGGAGGAAGGUGACAUCAAAGAGACCGCUGAGGCCGCCAGCCAGACGGACGACCUUGAAGUUAAUAUAGAAAAAGACAAGUCACCAAGCCCGGGUCUUUUCAAAUUGCCAAAGAUAACCUUAAUUACGGGGAAGAAAAGAUGGGAUAAUCUUAAAGAUAAGCUGAAGGGAGGCGGCCUGGGUAAACUUGCCAAAGCUGCCGCUAAAAGCGAGUGAUAAAGACACAUUCAGCUGAAGCUUAUCACGUUAUAGAUCACGGAUGUAGUUACGGCUUGCCUGAUAACGUGCAAAUCAGGCUACUAAAAGAGUGGAAGAAAAUACUCCCAUCAGCAUAUAUGUGACUUCAGCCAAUGAGAUAAAAGUUAAUGGCACGCAGCCCGGCAUGCAACGGAAAGAUUCCAUCAGCUCUCCACUGUUACCGUUUUAAAAACAAUGCAUCAGACACAUAUAAAUUCCAGGGACUAUAUGCCAAAGAGAAUUUUCCACACACCCUAAUUCAAAAAGAAUUUGGCAAACUGAUGCAACACCCAAGAUGCCGCAACCGUCUUCCCCAGCUUUGCCAGUAGGAUGCACGCGUUUUUUCAAUCAGGUGGCUGGACAGUGUCAAUGACCUUGUGACAUUUGGAUAGACAGUCAAUUAGUGCCUAUAAAUAGGUGUUAGAUUCUUGCGGCUAAAUUGUUCACGAACACUAACGUCACCAGGCGCAUGGUUUUUUUGUUUUUUUAUACCCGUUUCUUUUUUUAAUCACGGUGCAAAACUGAAGUGUGUUCACGUGCCAAGCAUUUGAUAUUGUAUCCCAAAUACUAUGAAUUCAUAUGAAUUGCUUUGAGCAAUCCUCAAGCUAGCUUAGUAUAGCGCAGACUCAGCUUCGAAUAUAGUUAAAUUGUGGUAGGCCUAAUAACCAUUCUAAACUAAAGCUUUCAGCGUUGCUACAUGUAUUGCAACAUUAUUAAUUAUCAUUAUUGUAAUAACUCUUUCAUUUAUACUCCUUCAUUGUAUUAGCGCAUUUAGGUACAGUGGCUAUGAUGUAACAAUAUAAUACGUGGUAUAUUCAUGCAAUACUAUUACCAUUUCACAUUAAAACUUUU